UGAGUAAUGGCCGGACUCCUUCAUCUGACCAAGAAGUGCAGCAUUCAUCUACCCGCUCACUUAGGACGCGCGAAAUGCUACACGUUCGUUAAGGGAACACACGUGCAGGCCAGAGUGCAAGCAUAGAGAUAUAGAUAAAGACCAAAACAGCGCACACACAGACUACUAGAUCGGAAAUAAUGGGUCGCACUCAGCGCCUCCGGCUUCAGAGGGCUCAGAAAUCAGCAGAGGAUUCCAGCUCCCUACAGAAUCUCUACGUUCACCUUCACUCCCUCGGCUGGCAGAACCACACUCACCUAUCCGCUCAGAACUAUGCUCAGACUGGAAGGGGCUUGUGCUCGAAACAGGACACCUUCUACCCAGAGGACGAGCUCAUUCGUCUGCCCGUUGAUUGCCUCAUAAGCAUAGCCACCCUGGAAUCGGAUAUGGAAUUCAAAAGUCUCUUCAACAAGGACCUAUUCGACAAGGACGCUAGGAUUUCCUUUCAAGCGUUGGUCGCCUGUUAUCUUAUGUACCACAAGCACCUACAGGAUUGUUCUAAAUCCUCUGGUUACGCUGCUUAUUUGGACACUCUGCCCAGAAGCUACUCUGCUCCCUAUUUCUGCUCCAUACCCGAGCUGCAAUGUCUGCCGGAAUCUUUGCUAGAGCGAACUGUUGCCCAGAACCGCCAGAUACGGGGAUACUACGAGAUAAUCAAAGGUCUGGUGAGUUUUCUCAGCUGCGAUUGCUGUGGGAAGAGUUAUGGCCUGGAGAUCUGGACACUCGCUGAAUUCAAAUGGGCCUACUUCACAGUAAACACAAGAAGCGUCCACCUCAGCUCCCGCUUUCUGAAAAAGCAGAGCAGUCACUUCCAGGCUUUGAUCAGUGGCGACACCAAUCUGGCAUUGGCUCCGUUCCUGGACCUUUUCAACCACUCCGACAGUGUUCAAACUACGGCAGAGAUUCACGGCCAAGAUUAUGUCCUUUCAUUGAAAUCCCUACCUUUUUCCAAAACCAAAAUCUAUGACCAACUGUUCAUCAGUUACGGUGCUCUGCCUAACUUUAAGCUUUUAACAGAGUAUGGUUUUUGGUUAAAAGAAAAUAAGCACGAUUACUUUGAUUUAUCUCUGCUGGACAUUGAGCACAUGGUUAAGCAUAAUAAGGAGCUAUCCACGCAGACCUACCACCGGAACAUAUUCAAGUUUAUCAGGGAGCACAAUCUAAACGAUCAGAUGUUUGUGCACAUCGACGAUGGCUGCUCGCACAAUUUAAGGGUGGUGCUGCACCUGAUCUUCAAGCAGCAGGCCUACUUCCCAAACAUACUUAACCAAAUCGCCUUUGGUGACGCUGAACAGUUCGAGGAUGUGCAGCCGGAGCUGUCCUAUCUGGUGGCCUACAAAAUAAAGGAGUACCAAAUCUUUGUGGGAGAGCUGGAUAAACUUCCAAAGCCGUCGGAGAGUGGGUCGGUUGCACGGUCUUACCUGGAGGAGUGCAUUCGCUAUCUGGCUAACUUUCAAAUAACUCAUCCAGUAGAAUAGAAAUAAUCGAGGCUGUGCUUAGAUUUAAAAUCAGUACAAAGCAUUUUUUGAUAAUUUCAGGCACCUUAAAUAAAGUAAUAACAGUUUAAACAGUUAAAUUAACAUAUAUCCUUUAAGACAUUUUAUUAACACCGCAAACAAAAUUGUUUAUUUUUGUAAUAAAUACCAGAACAAUAUUUAUGACGA